AUGACAGACAAAGUUGAUCAAAGUCAUGUGACGUGCGUUUGUAAACAAUCAAUAUCGAAACAAUACUGGCAGGAUCAUCAAAUUGUAUGUGCAAAACGAAGAUAUAUGUGUCCCGCAUAUGUUGCCUAUAUUAAUAGUAAUCCUGACGAAGGUUUAUUACCACCGUUGGUUGAUUCAAACUGUCCUCUUUCAUUAAAAGAAAUCGCAAAAUUACAAGUAUUGAAAAGCGAAAAAUUCAAUCGAACGGAAUGGUUGAGAUUGAAUAAUAUUCCCUUUAAACUCAUAAACUAUUUAACAAAAGAAUGUCCAAUAUUUGGAAGUAAACAAGAAUUAAUAAACCACAUCGAGAAAUCUUGUCCAUAUUGGAAGGUAAAAUGCUUAGACAUACCUGAUGCGAAAGUUAGAAAUUCUCAUAAGGAAGAUAAUUGUUCACUUGAUACGGGAUUUUCGAUCCAAGGAUUCAUGUCUCACUCCAAAGAGUCGGCACUUGAUCCAAUAAGUCAAAGAAUUCGAGUAAUUUCAAUGAUAUUUCCUUAUUAUUGUAAGAAAUGUGAUCACCAUUUUCCGUCUUCGGGCUCCCAUAUAUGUAUUAAAGAAACCAAUUCUAUGAAUAUCCAAAAUCAAGAGGUAUUAUGUCCAAUUUGUAUUUCAAUAAUCUCUGUAAAUUCCUCCAUAGAGAUUGAAAAUACAUGUGUAGAUUGUAAUGACUGGUACUCAAAUAUCGGUAGAAACAAUUUUUUAAAAAUAAGCCAAUUAGAUUUCAAUAAUUAA